GAACCGUCCCGAGCGCCUCACACGUGCGGUUGUUGUAAAACUUUGAGCCAUGGCAGGCUCGUUUUCUCAGGAGCUCGAGGAUUUGCUGAAUCCUUUGCCGAAAUUUGCGGAUCCAGAAGAUGAUGACGACGAAGCGACCAAAGCCAGAGUGAUAGACAGGUUCAAUGAGGAAGAGGAGGAGGAAGAAGAUGAGGUCGGCUUCAGUGCGCUGAGGAAGAGCAACACAACCCUGCUGUCGGACACGGACAGGCGGUACGUGGGGAAGGCAGUAUCCCGUAAACAGCUGCUGAUGGAUGUGGAAGGAUCUGAGGAGGAGGAAGAGGAGGGUAGCGGAGAGGAAGGGGACUCUAUGGGGGAUGAAGAGGUAGAUGAUGAUGAUGAUGAUGGUGAAGGUGAUUUAGAGGAAGAAGAUGAUGGUGAUGAUGAUGAUGAGGAGUUGCUGGACAAUGAUUCAGAUGGUGAAGUUUCAUCCAAGAGGAAGGGCUCUGACGUGAGCUUUCCUCAAGGAGUGGACUUCCACAAACUCACAGAGGGCAUGGACGACCUGGGAGUGAGCGAGGAGGACGAUGAUGAUGACGAGGAAUCCGAAGGCAGCGACGACGAUGAAGACGCAGGCUCCGAUGAUGAAGAGGAGAUGGAGGACGAGGAGGACGGGGGAGCCGUGCGCACGUUUUCUCAGGAUAAAGUGGACGAGGAGGUGGAGAAGGGCACGGCCGUGAAGAACCAGCUCGCCCUGUGGGACCAGCUGCUCGAAGGCCGGAUCAAACUCCAAAAAGCCCUGGUGACCACCAACCAGCUGCCCCAGCCGCCCACCUUCUCGGAGUUCAGGAGGAGGGGUGGGGCCGAGCUGGCGGGGGCGCUGAAGAACAGCCACAAGGCUCUGAAGGCUCUGCAGAGGUCCCUGCUGGAGCUGCACGACCAGCUGCUGCACCAGAGCGCCGACACAAGGAGCAUCGCAGCGGGGGAGAGCGAGGACGAGGAGAUAAACAGUGACGAAGGAGAUGAAGGGCCAGUGCUGCGGGCUGGAGCACCCAAACGAAAGCUGGAGAUGGCAGAGUACCCGGACUUCAUGGCCAAGCGGUUUGCAGCUUUCCAGCCAUAUCGUGACGCCACGCUGCAGAAGUGGCACGACAAAACCCGGCUGACUCAGGGCAAGAGCAGCAGCAAAGGGUUCGGGGCGUUCGACAGGAGCAUUCUGACCCAGGUGGAGCAGGUGCUGAUGGACAACGAGAGGCUGGUGAGGCGCACACAGACCCGCCGCUCAGAGUACAGAGUCCUGGGGAAGAAAGAGGCCUCCGUGGUCGUCUCGGAGAAUCCAGAGGGAGCAGAGCAGCAGCUGAAGGCCAACACGCAUCUGAAAGAUCUGGACGAGGACAUAUUCGACGACGAUGACUUCUACCACCAGCUGCUCAGAGAGCUCAUCGAGCGCAAGACGAGUGCGGCGGACCCCAACGACCAGGUGGCGAUGGGGCGGCAGUGGCUCGCCAUCCAGAAGCUGCGCAGCAAGAUCAAGAAGAAGGUGGACACCAAAGCCAGCAAGGGCCGCAAAGUCCGCUUCCACGUCCACAGCAAGCUGGUCAACUUCAUGGCGCCCGUUGAUCACAGCUCGAUGAGCGACGAGGCGCGCAGCGAGCUGUACCGAGGCCUGUUUGGGCAGAACGCCGCCGUCAGGGAGUAAAGACGGAGUUUCUAAACCCAGGAGUGAUGAGGCUGCUUCUGCUGUCCAUCAGCAGAAGCUCCUCACACUGGGUGGACAGUUCUGGUGCUCUGCCUGGAUUUAAAUCAAAUGGACUCAUGCAGUUCUUUGUAAAUACUUUUAAUACCUCAGUGUGUCUCUGCCCAAUGAACUGACUGUUUCCGUCAAACUUCAAAGCACAAUGAGAGAUGAAACACUUUUAGUCUUGUUUCUGUCUUUUAUAAUUCAAGUAAACUGAUUGUUUACAUCCAAA